AAAGGUAGUAAAUUUUUUCAAACAUGUUGUCCCUACUAACCUAUGGGUCUUCAUGAAUAGUCUUAGUUAGAUGGUGCAUGCCGUUUUGUAUACCCAUAAUGAAGAAGAGGCACACAUGGUGGCAUCAAAUAAUGACCGAACUCCUUCACCAUGCUUCCAAAGAAGAUAUGUCACAAAUAAUAUCAAGAACUGUUUCGGAGCAGCUUUCAGUUUCCCUGCAGACAAAAGAAGAUAACGGAAUCACAAACCAUUUUUCACGCGCAAUGAUAAAAUAUAUUGGGUAUAUUUUUAUGCCAAAUAAAAUAUCCUGCAAUUAUAAACUAAUUUUGUGAUUUUGGACUGUGAAUGGCAUUAUUGGUGGAUAGAGCCGGAGUCAAUGCCAACACCAGCGUCUGGUACAAUAACAAUUGACACACCCCUAAUGAUUGCUACGAAGAAUGGGAUGACAGAAAUGGUGAAGGCAAUUUUCGAAUUGUUUCCAUCAACGAUUAAAGAUGUGAAUGCCGAAGGAAAGAACAUCUUUCUAUUGGCCAUAGAAUAUAGGCAAACAGAUGUAUACUGUUUUUUGUGUAAAUGGAAAUGGCUAAAGGAAAGUCUGUUCAGGCAAGUAGAUAAGGAGGGAAACAAUGCAUGGCACUUGGCGGUGAGUCUCGAAUUUGACCCUAAUCGAGACAUUGGGGAAGCAUUCAACAUGCAAAGCGAACAGCUAAGCUGGCUUCGUUUAGUGAGGAGGUCACUCCCGUAUGAUUUGUCUACAAGACACAAUAGAAAAAUGGAGACCCCGACAGACAUCUUAGAAAAGAGUGACAAGGAAUUUAUGAAAAUCCAGCAAGAGUGGGUGGCUAAAACCUCACAAGCAUGUUCUGUGGUGUCGACCCUUGUUGUAUCAGCAGCCUUCGCCACACGUACCAAUGUGCCAGGCGCUUAUGAUGAGAAGGGCUAUGCAAUCCUUAGAAACGAGCCACAAGCAUUCAGAAUUUUUCAAGAUUCUUCAUUGGUGGCCCUCUUCUGCUCUCUUAUUUCCACCAUCUGCUUCUUGUCUAUAGUUGCUUCUCCUUCUCAUCGAUAUUUUAAUGCUCGUACGUUCGUUCCUUCCCGAUUUUACUGUGCUUUGUACUCCAUGUUCGCCUCCAUUGUUUGUUUGUGGAUCUCUUUCUGUGCCGGUGAUUUCUUCUUGCUCCAUGACAACACUCAAAAAUUGCACAAGGCUCUUCCAACUUAUAUUUUGUUGUCAUCGGGCUUCAUCCUUAUUGUUGGCUUACAGCUCCACAGAUUCCUUGAUCACAAAUUGUCUCGAUUUUUUGGAACCACCCCUCCCCCUAGAAUCGUGCCCAUUUCUCCCAUUCAGUACCGAAGAACCAACAAAGGAAACGGACCAGAUCUGAACCACCGAAAUUAG